CUUGGCGCGAUCGGCAAAUGUCACUUUCACAUAUUUUGUUUAUGUUUGGAUUAUAUUUGUUUUCGGUGCGAUUGUAAUUUGUUUCGGUAAUCGUGUGAAAUGCAUGAAAUGGAGUUCGUAGAUACUUGCUUUUCGGAUCCAGGCGAAGAGCUAGAGACCAACGGCGAUGUGUUUGCAUAUACGGACUCUGGUAAAACACAAGCAGCAUCAUCCUCUCGAAGAUCGGUCGACAAGCGCGCUCAUAUAAAUCGGGAUAACUGGAACGACGAAUUGGUGGCAGCGCUGAUCGCACAAGUGGAGUUGCAUCCAAUCAUUUGGGAUGUUACUUCGCCAAACUUUCGAAACAAAAAUUUAAAAGAUUCUGCGUGGGAAAAGGUCCGCACCGAUGGCAAUCUGACGAGCAUCGCUGAUGCUGAGUGUCGUCGUAAGUGGCAGCAUUUAUGCAACAACAACAACAAACUAGCCAAUGCAUAUUACAAUGCCAAGUCAGACGAAUCGGCCAGAAGAACACCCAAUUGGUUGCACUGGCCCGCCAUGGAAUUCGUCCGCCAAAAUAGGGCAUCGUACAGGACGAGCACAGAAUCGAAUUUGGAAGUUGCCGACAGCCUUAGUGUACUGCAAAAGUUCAACAACGGUGGCAGGGCUAAACGCGUGAAGCGGCCAGUCAGAAUAAUUCCAUCAGCGCCAACGGCUACGGGCGAAGUACUGAAGAGGCUCGAUACGAUUAUGGAAACGAUCGGAGCAGGAAAAACCAAUCCGAAUUUGGAUGCAGCAAAAGAAUGGACAGUAGUGCUAAACCAAAUGUCUCCAAUGUAUGCGGCGCGUGCCAAGUCAGAGAUCAAGGCGGUGCUAUCGAAAUACUGGUCACUUUCGGUCGCAGCAGAGGUAGAGGAGGCAGAGAACCAGUAUCAAUCUGAGUUGGCAAAAACAAACAAAUGAAUCGCAAUAGAUUUCGCCAAUCGAGGCGUGGGGCCAAAAUUGUCGUGUUCAAGGUGAACAGUACGUUGCUGUCGGAUUCGUAUAUUAUUGGAAAAGUUGAAGUCGCAGUGGGAUUGCGCAAACCUGAGACAGAGCUACCGAAGGACAACUUCGCCUUACAGUUAUACACAAAUUAUUUAUAAUAAAUACACAAGGAAAAUACAUUAAGCAUACUGCCAUUCGUUGAUAUUAACUGAUUUUUUAUACGACAGCUUGAAUUGAUCGUGAUCCGCAAGGCUUGAUCGUUAAAAAAAAAGGUUUAUUCACUGCAUCGCGUCCACUUCGGAUUGACCCGUGGGCAUCUGCACAAACGCAACCAAAUAAAACGAACAGUAAUGAAAUUUAAAACAGAACGAAUCUGGAUACCCCAACAGAACAAA